AGUAACUUAACACCUUCUCAAAACAUCUUUUCUUUGCUGACCUCUAGUGGUUCAACUUCUCACCUUGUUGUAGUGAAAUACAGGUGGACUCCAUGACCUGGUGACAUUGCCGUCAGGGUGUGCAACAGAGUAGCAUUCCUGACCACACCCAUCAGUGAUGCUGGAGGUGAUUAGAGGUAGAAGGCUUGAAACUUUCAGAGUAGGCACUGUAUAACACCGUACAACUACUGAGAUUCUAGUCUAUAAAUCUGUUAAAGAUUGUACAUACAACGUAUCAGCAGUGGCAAGACAGUGUUUUACUUAGAAGAGUAGGAGUACCACUUUGGUACCAAACCAGCUCUGGUUCUUGAACCGGUUCUGUUCAGGAUUCAACAACCAACAAUAAAUAAUCUUGUGAAAAGGAAUAAAGCCUCCAGUGUUAAACAGCCGGACAGGGUCGGCCUACACGGCUGGAUUUUAAUGUCUAAAUAGUGGUAGUAUAGACGAAGAUUUUCUGAGGUGCUAUGUGGUGUAUAAAUUGAGAGACUGAGAGACUUUGGUUUAAAGGACUGUAUGUUUGGCUGAUUUUGCUUCAAAUUAAAACUGCAACAAUUAUUUUCAUGAUUCUAAAUGUUCAGUCUGUAAAACAAACCACAGAGCAGAGCUGACAUGAACAUUCUGGACUUUACAGCAGGCAAACUCGUUGCCUGUUAACUUUCUUUACUUGUCGAUUCAUAGACCAACUGUUUCUGCUCUUCUUCAUGAAAUUUCUAACAACUAAUGAUAAAAGCAAAAGAACUCUGGACUGCGUUUCAGCAGAAAUCUAAAUCAAACAGGAACCAUUCAGUGAUGAUGUCUCCUGAGGUUCCCACUGUACUUGCCCCCCCUUUGCUCCCAGUGGUCCAUGGUCUUAAAAACGAUAGGGAGGCUCUUUCAAUCCCUGGGACUCGACAGUACAACCUAUCAGAGCCUCUGACUGCUUCCAAAUCUCCCAAAGGCGGAUCCCAUUGGCCGCUCCGCGUGUCAAUCAUGAUUCCGGGCAACAUGUGGGAGGAGCCGGGUGGAGGGAAGAAGGGAGGGGUGGCGGGCUAGAGGCGGUGCGACUGUCAGUUGUGUUCCCUAUUCUCGUCAAAAGUCGGCUGUUGUUGCUUUGAGUAGAACCAAGACGACCGCGGUGUGUGUGUGUAGUCAGAGCAAUGCGCUCCACGGAGACACAUGAACGCAUCUUCUCUCUGCCUGACGCCAACCGCAGCGCAACUUGGCUCCUUUCUGCACUUUGACAUCGAUGUGUUUUUGGGGGGUGGGGGGAUCGGAGCCUGGUUUCGGGUCGCCUUGUAGCCAGACGCUGGAUUCUUUCAAACAUUUUAUUUCCACCACCUCAGCCUCAGGGUCUGUUCGUCUCACGCGCAGGUUUUGAGGUGGUUUUGACGCACGAACUGCGCCUCGGCUGCCUCGAGGAAAGAAGACCGGGAACGGUGAAGACUUGUUGCGCGCAUCCGGGGAGCGCACCAGUCCAGUUGUCAUCCAAGUCGAUACUGUACCUGCGUGUGAUGCUUUGAUUUCAACAGUGAGCCGUUUAGUGGAACAGGACUGGACCCGGGAGACCGGCUCAGACCCACAGACUCAAGUCAACAUCAGCUCGGUGCUCAGUGACAGUCUGCUUGUUGGGGUGCUCGGUGUUCUCGGUGUGACAGAGCUCCUUUAAAUGGCAUCAACGCGCAGCCAAGUCAAACUUUAUUUGGGUCAGAACCGACGGCUUGAUUAAUUCUCCUCUCCUUGUUUUGAAACGAGCCCUUCUUCUCAUCGACAUGUCUGAGCGUGAUGGAUAUGGAGACGGGCUGUGCAGCGACGGAGCGCCGGACUGCAUCCCGCCGAGAGCGUCCCGCGGCCGGCGGAGCGGUGUCAUCCUCCCCGGUGGCGGCCAGGACACCGACACCAUCCUCCUGGAUACGGUGAAGGCGGCACCUCGCCGGAGCAGUAUAAUUAAGGAUCCUUCAGUGCAGAAGGUGGGUGGAGGAAGAAAGAAGACUGUGUCCUUCAGUAGCAUGCCCUCUGAGAAGAAGGUGAGCAGUGCAGCGGACUGCUUGGCGUUCAUGCAGGGUGGCUGUGAACUGAAGAAGGUCCGGCCCAAUUCCAGGGUUUACUGUCGUUUCUACACUCUGGACACAGACCUCAGCUGCUUACACUGGGAGCCAUCUAAGAAGGAUGGGGACCGGGCUCGGCUGGACGUCUCCAGCAUCCGAGAGGUUCGCACCGGGAAGAGCACUGAGACAUUCCUCCAUAACGGCCCAAUCUCUGAACACCUGGCUGAGGAAGCAGCCUUCUCUAUCAUACAUGGGGACGACUAUGAGUCUCUGGACUUGGUGGCGUUGUCAGCAGAUGUGGCCAACAUCUGGGUGACUGGCCUUCGCUACCUAUUGGCCCACCCCUCAAUCAUUGGGGGAGCUGGUGGAGGAGGAGGGCUGGGUGAAGCAGGCAGUGUGGCAGUAGAGGGCAGCCUGGGAAGCAAGAUGAGGAGCGAGUGGCUGACAGCCGAGUUUGCCCAGGUGGAUGAAGACGGCUAUGGCAUUGUGUCAGAGGAUGUGGCGGUCGCCACCAUCUGUAAACUGUGCCCUGGUAUCAAGGAGGCCAAGGUACGUCUACGUUUUAAGGAGAUCCAGCGCAGCAAAGAGAAACUGACCUCUCAUGUGACACGUGAGGAGUUUCAGGAGGCCUACUGUGAGCUUUGUACCCGGCCUGACGUCUACUUCUUAUUGGUGCAACUAUCAAAGGACCGUGAGUGUCUGGACCCUCAGGACCUCCGCCUCUUCUUGGAGACAGAGCAGGGUUUGUCUCUGGCGACAACAGAGGGAUGCUGGGAGCUCCUGAGGCGCUGUGAGCCCUCGGCCCAGGGCAAGGAGAGGGGGCUGCUGGGUCUGGAUGGAUUCGCCCACUACCUGCAGUCUCCAGAAUGUCAGCUGCUCGACCCAGAGCACCAGGGAGUCUGUCAGGACAUGAACAUGCCUUUGUCCCACUACUACAUCAGCACCUCGUACCGCUCCUACCUGCUGGAUGACCAGGUCCACGGCAGAGCAGACCUAGGAGGGUUGAUCAAGGCCCUGCAGACCGGCUGUCGAUGUGUGGAGCUGGGAGUGACCGAUGGCCCAGAGGGCGAACCUCUUCUUGGGGUUGACUACGGUCCAGAAAUCCCACGCCACCACCAUCACCACCACCAUCACCACCACCACCAUGCGCCUGUCACUAUCCGCUCUGCUCUGGAGGUGGUCAAUAAGUAUGCCUUCCUCACCUCUCAGUAUCCGCUCUUGGUGUACUUGUGCCAGCGUUGCUCUCCUGCCCAGCAGCGCACCAUGGCACAGCACCUAAAAAAAGUGUUUGGCACUCGUCUUUACACUCCAGAGGGCCUACCUGUCAGCCUGGGGGGGCGAGCCACAACCUUACCCUCUCCUGAGCAGCUAAAGGGACGCAUCCUAAUAGUGGGGAAGAAGCUCCCUGCAGACCAGGACGGGUCUGAUGGGGAGGUAUCUGAGGAGGAUGAAGAGAUAGGAGGAGGGGGGCCUCUGGCAGGACGACGAAUGACCAUCCCUGGUGAGGAAGACCUGGGUGUGGUCUUGGUGGUGCCUCCACCCUCUCAACCCAGGAAGCUCCGCCUCCACAAAGAACUGUCAGAUCUGGUUGCUAUUGGUCGGGUGGGUAGCCGCAGCUUUUAUGCCCAGAGAGCCAGUAACAAACAGCAGCAGUCACCACCCAGCACUCCCUCCUCUCCCGGCAUGCCGAUGCCUCCUGAGCCGCCUUACUGGACAAUGUGCUCCCUGGGUGAGGGAGAGGCCGGGCGACUGACCACUGAGAGCCCUGAAGACCUUGUAAUGUUCACCAAGCGCACCCUUACCAGGGUACGGCCCAGCUCAGUGCGUCUGGACUCCAGCAACCCCAACCCACAAGGGUACUGGAAAGGAGGGGUCCAGCUUGUGGCCUUGAACCAGCAGACCCCUGGGGCCAUGCUGGACCUUCACAGAGGUCGCUUCUCACAGAACGGAGGGUGUGGUUAUGUUCUCCGACCCGCCGUGAUGCGGGAUGAGGUGUCGUAUUUCAGUGCCCAUACACAGGGCUGCGUGCCAGGCGUGCCACCUCAGACACUACGGAUCAAGGUCAUCAGUGCUCAUAAUUUACCCAAGCCUCUGGGAUCAGGAGCUAAGGGAGAGGUCAUAGACCCAUAUGUGGUUCUGGAGCUGCAUGGCGUACCAGCAGACUGUGCUGAACAGCGGACUCGUACUGCUGCUCAGAACCAGGAUGACCCACUGUUUGAUGAGACCUUUGAGUUUCAGGUAAACAUGCCGGAGCUGGCCUUGUUGCGCUUUGUGGUACUGGACGAUGAUUACAUUGGAGACGAUUUCAUUGGCCAGUACAGCGUGGCCUUUGAGUGCCUUCAGCCCGGAUACCGCAAUGUACCGCUGCUGGGCUUGGGAGGAGACCUGUUACCCCACGCCAGCCUGUUUGUCCACGUGGCAAUCACCAACCGCCGAGGAGGCGGGAAGGCCCAGCGACGAGGUCUGUCUGUGAGGAGGGUGGGGAGGCGAGGGCGGGAGUAUGUCACUCUGAGGCACACUGGCAUCAAGGUGGUGGAUGAGACCUUCAAAGUGGCAACUGCCCCCCUCAAAGAGGCGACGGACCUGCGGGAGGAUGCUCAGAGCACCACCGCCAGUUUCAAAGAGCAGUGUGGGCUCCCCACGGUGGCCAAACUGAAGCAGUGCAUCCAGAGCCUGGCCACAAGGCUGCAGAACCCAGAGGGCACUGUGGGGGCCACCAUGGUGCUGAGGGAGGGCUACCCAUGUCUGGAGCCUCAGGUCAACCUCUCUGAGCCAACACGCAAACUGCUCACUGCCUACGACACGAUGAUUGCUGCCCAGAAACAGCUGAUUGAGAACGCGGAUGGUGUUCAGGAGAGGAUCGCUCAGGUGCAGAAAGAAGGCAUGGACUUCCAUGAGGAACUUCCUCGGUUAGGGGAGAAAGAGGGACUGAAGGGACGCAAGCAGAGCAAAGCUGUAGAGAGUUUCACCUGGAACAUCACCGUCCUCAGGGGUCAGAGCGAUCUGUUACGGGGAGCUAAGAUGGAUUCCCUGGAUGCCCUGAGGCAGCUGGCUCUGGCCUGUGAAGCCUGUGGACUCACAUCCUCCUCCUCCAACUCCUCGUCCUCCACCUUUUCCACGGCCGAGCUCCACUACACCUCCCACCCCCUGUCUGGCCGCAGAAGCAGCACACACGGCAAUGGACGCAUCUGACACCCCCCACCCCAACGGGUCCAGCAUGCUGCCAAAGAUGAAAAGGGAGUGAACAGUAAUUACAGAGGUUAACACAGAUGAGGAGAUAUGAGACAGAGAAAAAUGAGUGUGUGUGAAAAACACCACAGGAACCUGAAGACUUUCUAUCCCUUUAUCCAGUGCAGUGUCUAGACUAGCCUGGACCAGAGCAGUGUAUCUGUUAACGCCUUAUGGGUGAGUUCAUCAAUGUAUCACUGAAGGUCCAGCCUGUGGAGAGGAGGAGAGGCUUUUCAUGAAUGUCAUGAAACACACUCCACACAGGUCUCUGAACUUGUCAUAACUCCUGUUUAUUUUUCUGAGAGAAACUGUGACUCAACAUUGUGACUGCAGGUUUUCCUCAUAGACACCUGUAAUGAUCUGUGAUAAUGGGGCUGUGAUAGAGGUGGUGGCGUUUCAUUUCAGAGGUAGGAUGCAGAGUGGAGGGGACGUAGAGCUGAUGGGACUGCAUUAUUUUAGCUUGUCCCACAGGAAGUCAACAAGAUUACCUGUGUGUGUGUGUGUGUGUGUUUACAGUAUUGCACAAACAUAUAGGAGGCGAAUAACUGAAUUAAGCAGCCUAGAUUUUUAGUGUAAUACUACUUUUUUUUAAAUUCACAAGUUUUGUGGUACUUCUGCUUUUGUUUUAACUGAAGUUCAUGCAAUUGCACUUUUGCAGCAGUGUAACAUAAAAAACUCCUAAAACAGUAGUCAAAGGUUUUAAUCAAUUCACAAUGGCAAAGGAUGACACACACACACACACACACGCAGUAAAUGAGUGCAUGCAGUAAAUGAAUGCCAGUUCUUGGUAUCAGCGCAAAACCUUUUUCAAGACCUGAUCAGCUCAAUGCGUCUGCUGCUGAGCUGCCUUUGGUCGUGGUCAGAAACAAUUGCAAAAAUGGAUUUGAUUUGAAUUAUCAACAAAGAUUUUUAUUAAUGAGGUUUGGGAGCUCGGAGAUGUGGAAUGUCACAUUCACCUAAACAUUUGCUGAUUUAUCUAAUUGGCUGUGCCAGACUUCAGUCUCUCUUGUCUGAUCAGAGUUAGCCUUAUUCAGCAGACUCUGAGGAUUUGUACACUUUCUAAACUUUGAACCAGACAACAUAAAGAUCCCUUCGUUAUUCUGAGCAUGCGCUCAUACCCUCAUCUAACCGCUCUAUCCAUGUGCCGUGUGAAACAACCAGCAGAAGCACGCACACACAGGUUCUUGUUAUCCACCUGAUGGCCUUUGAGUCUGUCAUGUUCACUCGGAUAGGGGGUGGCUGAAACACGAGGAAUGAAGUGUAGUGGAGAAGGGACCCGGUAAUUGGAGAAGUUGUGGAUGUGUGUUGAUACUGUAGUACUAUGUGUCUGCUGUAGGACAUGUGUGGAUCACAUAACCUCCUCACUAUACCUACAAGUGGGGUAAUGAGUCUGUACAUGUGUGUGUUUGUUUGUAGGAGGAUUCCUGCAGCGUUGAUGAAGUACAGUUUGUUGAUGUAGCAAUAAUCAUAGAUGAGGCUGUAUGUCAAUGUAUACCGACUGAAGGAAACAGUAUGACUAACUUUAUAGCUCAGUGAUGCUUCUAAAUAUGAGAAGAGCAACAAACAUGGUGCCCAGCAGGUGCUAUUGAUCCUGGCUCAUAGUUGUGCUUACCUGUUAGUGAUGGCGUUCCUCUAGGCCUUUGAGUGUGUCUGUGUGUUUGUUCUUAACACAGGAAAACACCGGAUUCUUCUUUUAACUCAGCUUUUGUACUCGUAUUCUUGUAUCUUGUAACACUGCGUUUGAACCAAAAAAUAAUUUAAAAAUAAUAAAAAAAUAAUAAAGCUAAGCAACACACAGGACUAAGCUAACCAGAUGAGAUUUACCUCCUUUGAUAUUGUCACACACACAUUCUGUGGUGAACAAAAGUCAUGUUCGAUGUUGGUGAUUUUCAGGCUUUAUGAGGAGUUGAAGGAUUGCACGUUCUGGAAAAUGCCAAAAAUGCAUCAUCAUCCAGUUCCUGCACAAUCCCAAAGAACAUUUUGGAGAUGAGAAGUUUUCAUCCGAUGACACUGAUGAUGUCACUGAAACAGACAAAGGAAUGGUCUGUUUGAUUAACUAGUAUUGAGAAUCUAGUGCGCUGCAGGAGUGGAUCCGGACAAAUGUAACUCAAACCUGCUGCAGCUGACGUCUGACAGUCCAAACAAAGCGGGCAUGAGGCUAACGGGCAACUACUCAAGACAAUUUGAAUGUUUAUUCUGCCCUUUGAGGGAGGCAGGAAGGUGGACUGAUGAGAGACCACAGCUGAGCGUUGGAACAGCUCGCCAGCCGAUCAACCCAGCUGGUGGCAUUUUGCAGUAGACAGGAUGUGAUGAGAAACAGUGAAAUGCGUGGAUGACACAGCUUUGCUCUCUCGCUCAGCCUCUUUUAAGUGCUUGUGCAGGACUACUGUAUGUUCUAAAUGACGUCCCUUACUUUUGUACACUGUUCUGUUGCCUUUCAUUCAUCUACACAUUCCUUUCCUUUUGAAAUACUAUUAACCUCUUUCAUACCUCCACUGCUCUCAUCCUGUUGUUCCUGCUGCUCUUCCGGAGGCUCCAGGUGGGGAGUAACAGAGCCGAGGUACUGACUCAUAGCCACAGGAGGAGGUUGACCUAAUAACAUUUCCAUGCGAGUGUUGUUGUGUAUACGUGUGUCUGAGAGAAGGCAUGCACUUCUAAAAGUAGAAGACAUGUAUUGAAGAGGGAGCAAAGGUUGAAGCACAGAAGAAGAAGAAGGGGCUGAUGUUGGAUUAACUUUUGCUUGCAUGUGUGGUUGGCUGGGCACACCUACAGAGAUUCAUAAUUGGCUGUGAGCUAUAGACAGAGUGACAGCACCUGCUGUUUGGUCUAUUUAUAACACUGUGGCUCACUGGAGGCCCUGGGAUGUGUGUAUAUGCUGGUGUGCUUAUGUCUGUCAUGAUACCAUGGUGCCCUAAUUCCUGGCCUGAUGAUGCUUCUCCUACUUCCACAGCCGUUGCCAAACUAUUUAACACAUUUACUCUUGAAUGCACCAGAAGCAGACAGCAGCAUCAGGAGACUUUGUUAGAGGCUCUCUGCUGCCCCCGAGAGGCACGCUCAAGUGUACAAAAAAACUCCAGUUCUCAUAGGAGGCAUCUUCUGUCAGAGAUCUGCUUACCUGCAGGGAGGAUGUCUCUGCAUUAAUGAUGCAUCAGCUCCAGUAAAACAAACCACAGUAUUAGCUUUCUGUGUUCCGGUUUACAUGCCUGCUGACACAGGGAAUACAACUGGGUCAGAGAGUGGACAGGCGAUGGGAGGAGAUGCAGCGAAGAUGGAGGUCCCCGGGUUCAUCUUCAUAGGUGGACAUAAGGGGUAGAAGGGUUGGGUGUCAGUAAUUAGAUAUUUGGUAGUUAAGUUAAACCUCAUUGUCAGAAUAAUUCAUUUAGUAAAUACUGUAUUAAUUAUGGUUGGCAGUGAUGACUGUGCUGCUGCUUCAAAUGAGAAAAUGGCAGCUUGUUGUUUGAGUUCAGACCUUUGCAGCGUGUCGGGAGGGUUCAAUGCCUGAGCCACUAAUCUGUAGCCGGAUGAGCCAAAAAGGACCAUACCUGUGUUUUUGCAUGAUUUAACCAACUUACUAUCAAAUCAUUUGCUGUGUGGUUACAAUAGCAAAACAUACCGUGAUAUUUAAAAUGUACAUCAGUAGAUUGAAUGUGCUUUUAUACCUUCAAGGCAGCUAUUGUUUUCAGUGUCAGUAAAGUCAGCUUGCAGAGACUCAGUGAACAUCAUGCCAUGUUUAUUUCCAUCACAACACCAUAUUGUGCUGAUGCAAAUGAAAGCAACUGGAUUUGUAUGAUGUGCACUGAAAGAACAGCUAGUUAACUGUCUCUCUCACAGCGUACGUUUUUUUUUUUUUUCCAUCAUUUCUCUUUCCUGGUCGGACUUUCUGAGAAUAGAGCUCAUCAGUGCCACACUGUACAGUGACGGCCUCGGUCAGUUUCAUGAUUUUCCCAAAUGAACCCGUGCUUUCUGUUGCAUUAGCACACAGUGAUAAUGCCACUUUCAUAAGAAUGAUGAGCAUGAGCAUGAUGUUCAAGCAAGUUUUCAAAGUUUUGGACAGCAGUCAUCAGUCCGGCAGAACAGACAUGAUUUGUAGUAAAUAAAGUAAACUUGCAGAAACACCAGUAUGAUCCUUUAAACGUUAAUUCAUGGGGUUGUAGGUACAAGGACUUUUGUCAUCCUCACACACUCUGCUUCACGUCACUGCACUCACCUGAAGAUAUGUUUACCUCUGCAAAAGGCACUGUGGUCAGCCACUCACUGCAGUGUUUUACUAUGAUGUUCAGUAUAUUGUAUCUCCUUUGUAACCCAAUGCUGCACCCUGAUCUCUGAAAUGUAGACUUUUAGACUUCCCUUUAAAGCUUUUUAAAAGUGAAACAGAUGGAUGUAAAUGUCUGUCUCUCACUGUGAUACCAUUUUAAGUUCUGGGUUUGUAGUAGAGGAGUGAUGGACAGAUCCAUGCUAAGGCACAGGGUGUUGCAUUGGGGUGCAUUGUAUCUCGAUUACCCAUGUGUCUUAACCUAGAGCUAGCUCUCCCUGUGCUCCUCAGUGUGUGCGAUACUACCUAUCUUUGCAGACCAGUGGUCAAGUAGUGCUUAACAUUCAUUUGAAUAAUUGGAGAGUUGUUUAUACCUGUCAUAGUGAUGUGCGCAAAGUUGUGUAAAAAAAACACUUGGACAUGUGUAAAGGUAUUUUAAGUUCUAUAUUACCGUGGCAUCUGCAGUGUCUGUGUUAGCCGCUGACCUCUAAUCCAGUGUUGUUUCCUCAACUGUUCUUACAGUCACUGUAUGUUUUUGUAAAAUAGAAAAAAAAAA